UGUCCUCCCUGUUAACCCAAGUGGAGAGGAAAUGUUUCAGUUUCCAUAUGUAUCCCAAAAAAGAAGAGCUUUUGAUUAUAUUUGGAGGCUUCUGUGAACCUUGAGUGAUCAAAAGAUAAAUCAUUUUAGUGACUGUUUGUUGAAAGGGAUCUGGUAAUGGCAUUUCUGACCUGAGAUGAUAAAAAAAAGACAAAGCCAGGGAUGAGAUAAUUCUUCUGUGAAUUGUGUAUUACAAUUUUGCAUUGAAAGUUAUACGGAGUAGCAAUACAUUUUUCAGUAGAAAGCCUCACCAGUUUGGUAUUUAUUUUAUCCAAACUCUGGAUCUUGAGGAAGAGAUGGUUUAUAUCAAUCAUUUUUAUAUGUGUGAGGUAUAAAAAGUUGGUAGAAACAUGUUUGAAAUUCAACUAUGGGUAUGAUUCAAUGGUUAAUUUAUUUCCUAAAUGAAUGAGAAAGGAAACAGGUUGCUGUAAGCUUCUGCUCUCACUUCCUUAUGAGAGAAGACAUAGACACUGUCCCAGAAAGAACGGGGCUGUUGUGCACUCUCAUCUCGGGCAAACAUGGGUAACUGGGUAGAGAAUGAAGGACUGUCCAUCUUUGUCGUUCUUGUGUGGCUGGGGUUAAACAUCUUCCUCUUUUGGUGGUUCUAUCUUGCAUAUGAUCUCCCACAAAAUUUCUUCUACACCAGAGUACUCCUUGGCCGUGCCUUGGCUCUGGCAAGAGCUCCUGCAGCAUGUCUGAAUUUCAACUGCAUGCUGAUUCUGCUGCCAGUAUGUCGAAACUUGCUCUCCUUCCUUAGAGGAUCUAGUGCGUGCUGCUCUACUCGUGUAAGACGGCAACUGGACAGGAACCUCACCUUUCACAAAAUGGUGGCAUGGAUGAUCGCCCUUCAUACUGCAAUUCACACCAUUGCACACUUAUUCAAUGUAGAGUGGAGCGUGCAUGCACGUGUUGAAGAGGAAGGAACAUUGGCAGCUAUGCUUUCUAGACUUGGUGAUAGCCCAAAUGAAAGCUAUAUCAACUUUUACAGAGAAACUGUUCCGAAUCCUGUGGGGGGCUUAUAUGUGGCUUUCACGUACUUGGCUGGUCUCACCGGUGUUAUCAUCACGCUGGCCCUCAUAUUAAUCAUCACAUCAUCCACCAAAAUCAUCCGAAGGUCAUAUUUUGAAGUGUUUUGGUACACUCACCAUCUAUUUGUCAUCUUCUUUAUUGGCCUUGUCAUCCAUGGUGCUGGGCGCAUUGUGCGGGGACAGACAGCUUUGAGUCUGGCUGAACAUAUUCCAGAGGUAUGCUCUAAGAACUUCACUGACUGGGGAAAGAAAGGAGCUUGCCCAGUCCCCCAGUUUGCAGGGAAUCCUCCUAUGACAUGGAAAUGGGUAGUAGGUCCCAUGUUUUUGUACCUCUGUGAGAGGUUGGUGCGGUUUUGGAGAUCGCAGCAGAAGGUUGUUAUCACAAAGGUGGUGAUUCAUCCCUUCAAGACAAUUGAGCUCCAGAUGAUGAAGAAGGGUUUCAAGAUGGAGGUCGGGCAAUACAUUUUUGUCAAAUGUCCAGCAGUGUCUAAACUGGAAUGGCAUCCAUUCACAUUAACCUCUGCCCCAGAAGAGGAUUACUUCAGCAUUCAUGUCCGUAUUGUUGGGGACUGGACAGAGGGCUUGUUCAAUGCCUGUGGAUGUGAUAAGCAGGAAUUCCAGGAAGCAUGGAAGUUGCCCAAGAUAGCUGUAGAUGGCCCCUUUGGAACUGCCAGUGAGGACGUGUUCAGUUAUGAAACUGUUAUGCUGGUUGGAGCUGGGAUAGGAGUAACGCCAUUUGCAUCGGUGCUCAAGUCUGUCUGGUACAAAUACUGCCACGAUGCAACCAACCUAAAACUUAAGAAGAUCUAUUUUUACUGGCUUUGCAGGGACACUCAUGCCUUUGAAUGGUUUGCUGACCUCUUGCAGUCUCUGGAGACUCAAAUGCAGGAGAGGAAUAAUGCAGAGUUUCUCAGCUAUAACAUCUACCUUACUGGCUGGGAUGAAACUCAGGCUACUCAUUUUGUAAUGCAUCAUGAAGAGGAGAAGGAUGUGAUUACAGGUCUUAAACAGAAAACAUUGUAUGGAAGACCUAACUGGGAAAAUGAGUUCAAAACCAUUGCGAGGCAGCAUCCAGGUUCCAGAAUAGGUGUUUUUCUCUGUGGACCCGAAGGCUUAGCUGACACGCUCAACAAGCAGAGCAUCAGCAACUCAGAAGCUGACCCACGAGGAGUACACUUCAUUUUUAACAAGGAAAACUUCUAACUCCCACACACGUGGCGGUCAUUCAGUACAGUCUGAACACUGAUCUCUUUCUGUUUGGAGUCUGGGAAGGACAGCCCAGCUUCUAAUCUCAGCUACACUAACACAUAUCCUUUGCUUCUUUGGAGUUAUUUUGACACUGUGGUAGAGUAAGAAUGAAGUGUCACCUUAGGAAAGUUUGCACUGCCCCCUGCAUGCUGGCAAUUUAGCCGAAACCUCUUUUGUCUUCAUGGGGGGAUUUCCUCUCAAAUAACUGCCUUUAUCCUCCUGUUAUUCAUAAUGACUGCUGAAGGUUCUAGACAGCCAUAUGCAUUUGGAAUGCAGUUCACAUUGAUAAAGCUUAAUGCUAUUAAACAAGAAAGCAUUCUGGUGUAAUGCUUGCUACUUAGAGACAACUUAUGCUGGCUAUAGAGAGUACUUCGAAAUAGGAAUUUAGGAAAGGGUGAAGGGGAAAGAUUUCUUCCUAAAACAGGAAAUCUGCUUUGAACACAAGCAUCUCUGUUUCCAAAGACAGGCAUAAACACUCUGUCCAGGAGCCAGUGUGAGUAGCUGAAAAACAACCAAUUCUCUUUAAGAAAGCAGAGUACUGAAAUGACCUGGAUGUCAGAUCACCACUGACACCAUGCCACAGCUGCAGUCAAAUUUGCAGACAAGUUUGUGCAGCUAUCUGGUUGUAUGUGGCAUAUUUUACCACCCCACCUUGCAAGACCUGAUGUGUUCUCCUUUUAAACCAUUUGUAAACAUUAUCCAAGCACUAUGUGCUACCUCAGAAGGACAGAUUACCAUUUUGUUAUAUAUUAAUAGGAAACUGCCAUAUGACACAUCUGAAAGGCAGGAAGUCACAGCUGGUAAACGCUAGGACAAAUCAACCCUUGGGGAAAUUUUCAGUUCUUUCCCUCAAAAGGACCAUGUUUAAAUCUACAUAAUUCAGUUUGCAACCCACUUAUUAAAUGAGAACAGAGCUUAAGUGGAAUUAAAGAAACUUCUUUUUUGGAAUAAAAUGAAUUGCUAUUGAAAUGAUAAGGAUCUCAUCCUGCACAGGGAGCACUGAAAUAUUUGGCUUUGAUUUUAAUGGAAAUAUCAUCAGAAUUCUUACAACUCCAGAUAUCUUUCUUUUUGUAGACAGUUCUAAUGACACUCCCAGACCUGCUGCAUGCAUAUACCAGGGAUCGUUUGUCCCUUCAAACUCAGAAAAAGGAAUCCUGUGCUUAUUAUUAAACCACUGCCUUCCUAAAACAUACAAAAGAGCAAGCAGAUGAAAGCUUCUCAGUUUCCUUCUAAGUUUUGUUUUAUUAAAUGCUGCAAAAAUAUAAGACAUGCAUUAUCAGUCAUCACUGAAUAUGAAGUUUAUUUUAAAUGUAUGAUACGUAGUGAAAUGGCACUGAAAUACAAGCAUGAGGAAGAAACUAGUUUGAAACCUCCCUAUUGUUCAGCAAAGCAUGGAAUAAUGUUGGUACUGUUUUAAAUCAAUGCUGCUGUCUACCGGAGUGCUUAAAAGGAGUAAAGUCCUCCUUCCAAAUGCUUGCCUGAUCUAUAAAAGUUCCCCACAUCUGUGGUAUUACUGAUGAGCUACAAGAAACCAACCAUUUCUUACAUGGUGAUGGCUGUGACAACGCUACUGCUUCCCACACAGGACAUACAGAGCUCUUCACUGAUCCUGAGGAGAGAGGUAGGGGUGCAGCAGGCUACAGCUGAGACUACAGGACAGUCCAGUUUUAUGGCCAGGUGACACUGCUUGGAAUCUGACCACUGCUGUAGGCUGGGCUUCUUGUUGAAAAUUUCCUCCUUCCGGGUGUCUGGGGUUUUCCUAUCACAGGGGCAACAGCAGGGGUAGUUUUUGCAAUCAAUAGAUUUCUUUUGUUGUCAAAUUUCUGGCUCCAAAGAGCCUGCUCUGGAAACAGAAAAUGCUUCUUGCUUUUGGGAAAUGUGGUAUUCAGAAGUUUAAGCAAAGUUACCUGGUGGAUGACCUUGAUGCAAGAAGCAGUGGCAAGAUUUUCUGAAAGGCAGAGGCAUCCCAAGGUUGUUCCUGUGGACAGUUGGGGGAGGCGGUGCAGGGGAGGAAGGAUGGCAGCCAGAGGCAGAAGUCAGGACUUGACAGAACUCCCUCUCAUUGAUGAGGAUCUAUUGCCACUCCAAAACUCUUCCCACACUUGCUGGGAGCCAAAGUAAAUGUGCCAUUGGGAUUGCUCAGGUAGAGCUCUGACACUGCCCAUGCCUGUGGGGGGCUUUGAAAACCCUCAAAAUCCUCCUCAAUUCCAGUGGGGUCUGAACAUUAAGUGUGGCUCCCUCAGUAAGGCUGUCCUAUAGUAUCCUCCAGUCUUAUCUCUGCUUCUUCUGUAGGAAUGACUGUAAAAGAAAUGAGCACCUCUUAUCCCUCCUGACACAACCAGCAGUGACAGUUGUGUAGGACUUGUGAUUUGCAGUACUGAACUCAAGCUGCACCUAAGUUUAUGAAGAUCGAAGCCCAAUCUGUCCUUUCAUCCAGCUACGAAAAUUCCCUACUCAAAUGAAAAAUGCUCUGCUGAUGGCAAGAAGAGCCAGUUGGUGUUAGAUUGGAAAAAUAAAUGCUUUACCUAAUGGAAAGAAUUAGCAGUUCAAUUCAAACAGAUGAAGAGAGAAAUUGAUCUCACUUGUGACUCCCAGUCAGCGUUUUUUUUACUUCCCUUCUUAUGUAAUAUUUUGUCUGUCUUCCCAAAUGCAGCCAUCUGAAAAAAAGAAUUUGAUUAAUUAAUCAAUAUCCUUAAAUAUAGUUAAGGAACCAGAUCCUCUGGAGUGCUGGUCAGCUCCCAUUUCCCAUCUUUAUUUUGGAAACUGGAAGGGGUUCUGGAGGAGGCACCUGGACAUAGCUGGCUAACAUAUGUGAAAUCUCAGCAUGCACCAAAUUUCAUCUUCUUCCUUCCUUCCUUCCCUGGUAAAUACUUGCAAAGCUGCCCACAUGCAAAGGAAAUCCAAGUUUUCAUAAAUUUUAACCUGUAAUAAAGACACUGUUCUGCCUGUUCACCAUCACACAUCUCCCAGGGGAAACCAGGCUAGUUGUGAAAUAGAGCUUCCUCUUUUCUGUCCUGUAUGAGUUUCUCUGCUGGGUGGAGACUUUCUGCAUUUCAGUCCUCAAGUGAUGGGUUAAAUCAAAUUAGAAACGAAAAAGUUGCCUAUCAAACACUUCUGCAGGUUCAUUCUCUAUCUUGGAAUAUUCUUAACAAAUUCAUUUUGACUGUUCUUAUUUUUCUAUCCUUCAGUGUGGGUUUGUGUUUGUUAAUAGCAAAUAUUAAAAUGUUAAUGGUUCUAAGAGCUUGCAGCAUCAAAUGCUCACAUCUGACUGAAUACAACAGCAACAGUUCCACAGAUGCAAGCCAGUGUAAUUAUUCGUCAUGAAGCACACAUUUGUUUUGGCAUCUGAUAGAGACCCUAGCAAGCCACUGGUCUCAUUUACAUUCACCACACACAAGCCAGAUCAGACAAGCAGAAAUUAAUAGGCAGCAGAGCAGAAAUGCAUUGUAAGAAUUGCAGAAAGCUUACAAAUGCCUUCCAGCUGUGCACCAGAUCUGCAAUUCUGCUAAGUCCAUUCCUCCCUUUCCACUGGUGCUCUUUUGCCUAGACACUGCAUGGUUCUCUCUCUGCUUGCCCAGCUACUAGGGAUUUCUCUCCGUUCAUUGCUGCUUCACUCACCCUCUUCAUCUUGCUCCUCAACUCUGCAAAUCUCUGGAGAAUCUCCAGUUCCCACAGUGCUUCUCAUAGUUUUGCAAAUGCUUGGGCCCACUGCAAGUGCAGGAAGAGGCACAGGGAGCUUUGCUCCGAGCUCUAAGCAGUGCAGCACAUGUCUCACAGGACGUGAUUCAGCUGCAGCCUCCCCUGUCACUACAAAUGAACCAGGGCUGUAGGCAGCUCUGCUUUGUCCAGACAGACUGUUUUGUUUCCCUCCAGUAAUAUUUUGUCUCCACAUUUAACUACUGUGUUUGGUUUUUUUAAUAAUCAUUAUUACUUCAAAUUCUACAUAGAAGAUUUAUGAGCUCCUAUGUUUUUUAAAAACACGUGGAAGUCAUCUGGUACCAUUGUGGUUUAACCUGGCUGGAAGCUCAGCAUCACACAGCUCACUCUCCCUCAGUGAAAUAAGGGAGGGAAUUGGAAAUUAAGUAAAACCCAUUGUUUGAGAUAAAGAUAGUUUAAUGGGACAGAAAAAGAAGAGAAAAUAAUAAUGAUAAUCAAAAAGAAUACACAAAUCAAUGAUACACAGUGCAACUGCUCACCACACACUGACUGAUACCCAGCCAGUCCCUGAACAGCCCCCACAUCAGCUCCCCCAGUUUUGUAGUUCAGCGUCUGGUACAGGACAUCCCUUUGGGCAGCCUGGGUCAGCUGUCCUGGCUGCAUUCCCUCCCGGGUCCUUCCAUAUCCCAGCUCCUUGCUGGCAGGGCAGCAUCAGAAGCUGAAACGUCCCUGGCUCUGUGUAAGCAUUGCUCAGCAACAACUUAUACAUCGCUGUGCUAUCAACAUUCUUUUCAUCCCAUGUUCAGAACACAGCACUGUACCAGCUGCGAGGAAGAAAGUUGUCCCAGCCAAAACCAGGUCAGGUGUUAAAAUCAGAAAAUCAGAAAAUAUCAUUGGCCAUGUAUUUUAUGGCCUUCAGAACAAGUAGAUUUUGGAGACAUCUUUAGUCAAGUAACUCUGAAAUAAAAGUGUAGGUUCUUCUUA